AUCCAAAUAUAAUUGAUCCCCCUUUACAUCAUCCAUAAUCAUUAAACCCAAAAACAUAUACAUGCUUUGGAUUUUAUUAUGGAAGUUAUGACAGAAUCUCGACACCAAAAAAAUGAUGAGAGGCGCAAUUAAAUGCAGCACCCCCAUUUAAUUUGCACCAAACAUCUCACUAAUAUUAUUACUCACCAACCCCAACAUAAAAAUAAAUAAAUAAAGAAAAUAAUAAAUAAAUUGGGUUGAUAUCUUUGUCAUUUAUGAAUCCCCAACUCCAAACUGUCAAACUUUUUUUUUAAUUUCAUAAUUACCCCAAUUCCAAGAACAUUAAAACAUUAAACCCCCCACAUCCCCAUACCUUCAUCACUCACUGUAACCCACCAUUUCUUCUCCAUUUUUUAAUUCAUUUUUUUUAUUUAUUUUAUUCUUUCUCUGGUGUUUCUUUGUCACAAAGACCAAAAUCAGUCAGGGUUGCCGGAAAAUGGUUGAAGAAGCAUCAUUAACGGCGGUGCAGAAAGUCUCGUUCUUGAUGCUAAAAUAAAAAAGGGGUUUCUUCAUUUAUUCAUUUCUUGAUUAUUAUUAAUUAUUAUUACAGAGAAAUGGGUUAUGGAAUAUUCGCUUCUCUUUUGUUGCUAGCACUACUAUUUAACCCUUCGUCAUCCCAAAAACCCAAUACAGAUGAAUCCUACAUCUUCCAGUUCUUGCAAAAUAUGGGCUUCAAUUUAAGCUCAAACCCCGCAUUUUCCGGGGCCUUCUGUUCAUGGAAAGGUGUCAUUUGCGACGAAAAUGGAGAAACCGUCGUCAAAUUCGACGCCUCCAAUCUGGGCUUAACCGGCGGAAUCCCGGAAACCACCAUCGGCAAACUGACAAAGCUUCAGUCUUUAGAUCUCAGCCGCAACAAAAUCUCCGCCCUGCCUUCCGAUUUCUGGAGUUUGGGCUCACUCACUACACUCAACCUCUCACACAACCAAAUUAGCGACGGAUUUUCCAGCAACAUCGGCAAUUUCGGCCGCCUCCGAAAUCUAGACCUCUCCUUCAACAAUUUCUCCGGCGGCAUACCCGAAGCAAUCAGCUCCCUCACCAGUUUACGGGUUUUGAAUCUCGCCGGCAACAGUUUCGAAUCGGCUGUACCGUUGGGUAUUUGUCAGUGCAGGUCUUUGGUCGCCAUUGAUCUGUCGGAUAACAAUCUCGUCGGCUCUCUUCCUAAUGGAUUCGGCGCUGCAUUCCCACUUCUCGAGUAUUUAAACUUGGCCCGGAACAAGAUUCUCGGCCGUGAUUCGGAUUUUUCGGAGAUGAAAAUGUUGAAGAAUCUUAAUAUUUCGGACAACGUGUUCAAGGGUUCGGUUGUGGGCGUGUUUGAAGGGCCGUUGGAGGUCGUCGAUUUGAGCAAGAACCAGUUUGAAGGCCACAUUGCUCAGGUAAACUUCAGCUCGACUUUCGAUUGGUCGAGUUUGGUCUAUUUGGAUUUGUCGGAGAAUCGGCUGAGUGGCGAUUUCGUCGCUGAUUUGAUUGGUGCCCGCAGCCUCAAACACCUCAAUCUUGCAAACAACAGAUUCGCCGAACAUCAAUUCUUGAAUGUCGAUUUGCCGACCAGUUUGGAGUAUCUGAAUUUAUCCGGAACCAAUUUAUUCGGUCCAAUACCGACAAAUGUCUCGCGUUUAACCAGUUUACAAACACUCGAUUUAUCGAAGAACAACCUCAGCGACCAUAUACCUCCGUUUGCUACCAAGAAACUCAGAAUUCUUGAUCUUUCUUACAACAAUUUAACUGGAGAAAUCCCGUUGUUGCUAGUAGAAGAGCUACGGUUGAUGGAUAGGUUCAAUUUCUCGUACAAUAACCUAAGCUUCUGCGGGUCCCACUUCACCGCCGAAACCCUCGAAUCGUCUUUUGUCGGAUCGGUCAACAGCUGCCCGAUAGCAGCAAAUCCUGAUUUAUUCAGGAAAAAAACCCCAAACCGCAGAGGACUGAAAAUCGCUAUAGCACUAACACUCUCGAUGGUUUUCUUACUAGUAGGGCUGCUCGUUUUAGCCUUCAAAUGCCGACGAAAAACGAGAAUGUGGGCCGUGAAGAAAAAACAGAGUUCUUCUCAAACCAACAACAACGAAGAGCAAACAAUCUCCGGACCGUUUUCUUUUCAGACAGAUUCGACGACGUGGGUAGCCGAUGUAAAACAAGCAACAUCAGUCCCCGUAAUAAUCUUCGAAAAGCCGUUGCUAAAUUUCACAUUCGCCGAUCUUUUAUCCGCCACUUCGAACUUUGAUCAAGCUACAUUGCUUGCCGAGGGGCGUUUCGGUCCGGUUUAUGGCGGAUUAAUGCCGGGUGGAAUCCACGUGGCGGUCAAGGUUUUGGUCCACGGUUCGGUUAUGACGGACGAGGAAGCGGCGAGAGAGUUCGAGUACCUCGGACGAAUCAAACACCCUAACCUUGUCCCCUUAACGGGUUACUGCCUAGCUGGCGAACAAAGAAUCGCGAUCUACGAGUACAUGGACAACGGGAACCUGCAGAACUUGCUCCACGAUCUGCCACUUGGCGUUCAAACAACGGAAGACUGGAGCAACGACACCUGGCAGGACGAAAACAAUAACGGGAUUCAAAAUGUGGGCCCCGAAGGCUCUCUUACAAGUUGGAGAUUUAGGCAACAAAUAGCGCUCGGAUGUGCACGAGCGCUCGCGUUUCUCCACCACGGUUGUUCGCCUCCAAUUAUACAUAGAGAUGUGAAAGCGAGUAGCGUUUAUCUCGAUUCGAAUCUUGACCCUAGGUUGUCUGAUUUUGGGUUGGCUAAGAUAUUCGGGAACGGGGUUGAAGAAGAAGCGAUUGCGAGCGGGUAUGUGGCGCCGGAGUUUCUUGUUGACCAAGAAAGCGUGAAGAGUUUGACUCCGAAGUCGGACGUGUACGGAUUUGGGGUGGUUCUUUUCGAGCUUAUAACGGGCAAAAAACCCGUUGGAGAUGAUUAUUAUUCGGAAGAGGACAAUAAUAAUAAUAAUAAUUUGGUCAGUUGGGUGAGAGGGUUAGUGCGAAAAAACGAAGGGUUUCGAGCUAUUGAUCCGAAGAUUCGAGGGAGUGGGCCCGACGGACAAAUUGUCGAGGGUUUGAAGAUUGGGUAUCUUUGUACGGCUGAGAUUCCUUCGAAGCGGCCGAGUAUGCAGCAAGUUGUCGGGCUACUCAAGGAUCUUGAACAGAUUGCAGUAUAGUCUUUCGUUAUUUCGAUUUCUUUUUGGGGUAGUUUUGGAACUUAUGAGAUGUUGUCUUCUUAUUUGUGGCUAAAAUGUCUAGUUUUAUCCAUUGAUGUUUAUUAUCUUCUUUCUUAUUUGAUUGCUAAUUUAGUUUUGUGAAUGCAUUUGUGUUUUUUAUUCCGUCCGCCAAUAAUUUCUAGGUCGAGCUCGUUGCACUUGGUUUGCGUAGUGUGUUUUACACAUUUCUUGUGAUUUAUAAAGAGUUUAGUCAAUGUUUAUAUG